AUGACAGGAAUUCAUCCAGCACCAACUUUGUUCGGAGCUGAAUUUCGUCGUUUUUCGCUGGAAAGAUCAAAACCUGGAAAAUUUGAAGAGUUUUACGGAUUGCUACAACAUGUUCAUAAGAUCCCCAAUGUUGAUGUUUUAGUGGGCUAUGCAGACAUCCACGGAGACUUACUACCUAUAAAUAACGACGAUAAUUACCACAAAGCUGUCUCAACAGCCAAUCCGCUGCUGAGGAUUUUUAUUCAGAAGAAGGAGGAAGCCGACUACAGUGCUUUUGGCACAGACACACUCACCAAGAAGAAGAAUGUAUUGACCAACGUCCUGCGUCCUGACAACCACAGGAAAAAGCCGCACAUUGUCAUCAGUAUGCCCCAGGACUUCAGACCUGUGUCUUCUAUCAUAGACGUGGACAUCCUCCCAGAAACACACCGCAGGGUCCGGCUGUACAAGUACGGCACGGAGAAACCCCUCGGCUUCUACAUCCGGGACGGCUCCAGCGUCCGGGUCACACCACACGGCUUAGAGAAGGUUCCGGGGAUCUUCAUCUCCAGGCUUGUCCCCGGAGGCCUGGCUCAGAGCACUGGGCUGCUGGCUGUGAACGACGAGGUUUUGGAAGUCAAUGGCAUCGAAGUGUCGGGAAAGAGUCUCGAUCAAGUAACAGACAUGAUGAUCGCCAACAGCCGCAACCUCAUCAUCACCGUGAGGCCCGCCAACCAGAGGAAUAACGUGGUUCGCAACAGCCGGACUUCUGGCAGCUCUGGCCAGUCCACUGACAACAGCCUGCUCAGCUACUCCCAGCAGGCUGAGCCCAGCUUCGAGCCCGAGGAUGAAGAUAGCGAGGAGGACGACAUCAUUAUCGAGGACAAUGGCAUGCCACAGCAGAUCCCCAAAGCCACCCCGACGGCCCAGAGCCUGGAGUCACUGACACAAAUCGAGCUCACUUUUGAGCAUGGGCAGAAUGGCUGUAUUCCUGCUCGUGAAGUGAACUUGGCUCCUGUAGCGAGUGGCACCAACACCGAGUCUGAAACACGUGCUCCCGAUCAAAAACUCUUAGAGGAAGACGGAACCAUCAUAACGCUAUGAACCCGCACAGCUGGGGGGUUUCCGGGAAAGGAUGCCACAGGGACUUGUCACUUUGGUGAGUUGAAGGCGUGCCUAUACCUCCGCACCCACGAUGGGAGCAGGCAUGCAAACAAGACUGCGAGCUUAAAAGCUGUGUUAAGAUGAUCACUGGAUCGUUGGAUAAUGUGAACCUGGGUGGAUCGGGGUGAGUGGCAGGCGGAGCAGCAGGGCUGCCCGCUGCCGAUGAAUCAUGUGCUUCUGCUGUUGUGUCUGGAAAACUGGAUUGUGGAGCAUGUUUUCAGAGCUCUGUGUGGGAGAAGAGCAGGUCAUUUCCGUUUGAAGAGGUUGCACAUGGAACCUGCUGUAUAGAGCCUUGCUACUUUUCUCUUGGACUGUGUUUUGUUUGUUUGUUUUCUUAAAUAUGUGAGGAAGUUUGGUUUGAUCUCUUUAUCGCUACCUUCCUACGUUCCCAGCAUCUUAUUUGUGAUUUUUUUAAAAAAAAAACAUUCCUGUAUUGCUAAUUGUAACCAAUUAUUUCCUAAGUCCUUUUAAGAAAUCAGAUCAAUUGGCUGUGUUUAGGAGUUGCGUCUCAUGCUGAUAUAGUGAGGCCCUGGUUCUGGGUGACGAAAGCCUGCACCAGUUGUCCAUCCUGGAGCGGACAUAUUUGCAGACUACAAGCAGGCCCGCUGGUCAGUUAGGUGGGAGACGCUCUCCUCUAGCCUGCUGUCCUCAUGCCCACUUCCACUGGAAAACAUUCCUGGGUUGUUUUGAGUGUGUGUGUGUGUGUGUGUCUCAUCAGUGUGCUUUUGUACUCUCACAAUGUAUUUGACUAGUUUGAAUUGUUUUCAAUGAAAAAAGAAACCCACGUAAAUUAAGAUAAUUUUUUUUUUUUUUACACACAGGGCAAACUUGUGUACUUUUUAUGCACACAAUAUUGGAUUUUCUUUCAUGGGGUUUCUAGGAACACUGCCUAUACUUUAUAAGAAACUUUGACAGGUAGCAUUGAUCACUGUUAAUUUCACGAGGCUAUUUAUUGCUUUCCAAUGCACCCACUUAGACCAAGGAAGAGGGAGGCUGCUACCGCUCGUUCCUGGCCUGCUUUCUUCGGUGCGUAUCAUGGUACAAUGUGCACAAACACUGCGGUAUGCUUGUAUAUAGAAAUUAAGGCUUGUGAUGGUGUGCAUAAGUUGCCCGGUGGCUUAUGAACAUUCUGCCCAGAGUUAUUUAUUAACUAAUUUUAUGGUAGGGCUAGUCUGAAUAUCUUUAUUAUAACAACUGUGUGCUAUUAAACAAUGAAGAACUCAACUGACUCCGUUCUCUGAAGGAUAUUUUCUCUAGGGUAAAAUUACAAGAAGAAAUGAAAAUCUUUGAUUAAAUGAAAAUCACUUGACUCAGAAUACUUAAAUGUAUUUUGUCCACAUUAUUACCACUAAACAUAUUAUCACUACACCAUUAACUGACUGCACAUCAUGUAAUGCCAAGUACUUGUUGUUGUUGAAGGCACUGAAAUGCUUCCAUUGAUAAAAAAACCACUUACCACUCUCGUUUUUUGUUUGUAAGUGAUCUUCCAGCUUUCGCAUCUGUGAGUCCUAGAACUUUGACUCUGGGGUGACAGGACGAUGUUAGUAUUUAGGAAGUUCAGUUUCAUUUCUAACCUUAAAUGGUGCAGGGUUCAACAUUUAAGUAAGAAUGCUUUCACACACUACCUCUCUCUUUUUUUAAGAUAAAGUUUUAACAUCUAAAGUUUCCUCUCCAGGGGGUGGGAACUAACUUCAGGGCUUGGCUUUUUGUAUGAAUUUUAACUGUAAAAUACAAAAUGUAUCUUGUACAUGCACUCAUGAAAGGAAAUCAAAGCUGCUAGUGCUUCCUAUUUUAAUUAUCCCGCUAAGAGUUUAUGUCCGGGAUGUUUUCAACUAGAUCAUUGUCAUUUAAAUUACUGGUGAAAUCAUUGAUUCUAGACCUUAUUGUAAAACCAGAAGGUCUCAGUUCUAUAAUAAGAGAUCAAUCCCUUGGCGGUGUGAAUUGAUUAUUUCAUGUGUACCUUAUUAACCAAUGUAUCAGUGGAUUCAGCCCCAAAUUUUUUAGUACUAAAUGUCAAGCCUGACUGUGAAUUUUGUUGUUUCUUAUGUAAAUUUAUGAUAAUGUUCUCAUGAGCUGUCAACAAAAUAUAUGUACUUUUGUGAACUAUGAAUUUUCUAAUUAAAUUUUACAUGCUACAACAUGA